GCUGAGUUUCCUCGAACAGCAUUACAAUAUUUUAGGAUUUAUCUUACCUCCAUCUCCAACCUUCUUCAAAUUCCCACCAUAAACCUGGUUCUAAAGGCCUAAGACCAACAUGUUCAGGCUGCUAAAUUGGAGACCCCAGUGCAACCCCCGGGGUCCCAAUGGGGGACUCAGGAUCAAGACGAUGUACUCUGGUCUCCCGGUUGCCAAUAUUCAGGAAAAGUAUUAGCAGGAGACAUGAUUCUCUCCCUUCUUCUCCCUCUUCCAGCACUAACACAGCUGGUGUGCACAGCUCCUCCCCUUCCAGCACUAACUCCAGCUCAGGGAGCACGGGGAAACGCAGGAGCAUAUUCCGUGCUCCCUCUAUCAGCUUCCACCAUAAGAAGGGGAGUGAGCCUAAGCCAGAACCCACUGACCAGAACCUUAGUAUUUCCAAUGGUGCUCAACCCAGUCACAGCAAUAUGCAGAAACUAAAUUUGGAGGAACAAGUCAAAACCAGGGGAAGACACUCUGUGGGUUUUAGCAGUUCACGAAGUAAGAAGAUAACAAGAUCUUUGACGGAGGAUUUUGAAAGGGAAAAGGAGCCUUCAACUAAUAAGAAUGUCUUUAUAAAUUGUCUAAGUUCUGGCAGAAGUGAAGGGGACGAUUCUGGAUUCACAGAAGAGCAAAGUCGCCGUUCUAUUAGACAGUCAACAAAGAAGCUACUCCCCAAAUCCUUUUCAUCUCACUAUAAGUUUUCUAAGUCAGUUCCUCAGAGCCAAUCCACAUCAUUGGUACAGCAGCCUGAAUUCUCGCUGGCAAUUGCACAAUACCAAGAGCAGGAACCCGCCUUAGGAAGACCUUCCCCAUCUUGCUCUGUGGAUGUAACAGAGCGAGCAGGAAGUUCCUUACAGUCGCCUCUGCUUUCUGCUGACCUGACCACAGCUCAGACCCCUUCAGAAUUUUUGGCCUUGACUGAAGAUUCUUUGUCUGAGGCAGAUGCCUUUCCUAAAAGUGGAAGCGCGGCAUCACACUGCGACAACUCUGGCCACAAUGAUGCUACCUCUCAGCCCACUCCCAAUCCUAUUGCUGUCACAAAGACAAAGAUGGAAUUUGUGGGGACUGCACCCUGCAUGAUGAUGUCUCCGGGGAGGUAUAGGCUAGAAGGUCGGUGUAGCACUGAAUUGCGUUCUUCACCAGAGACCUCCGCUGCUCACCAGAGGGAAGUGUUACUGCAAAGCACUGAGCCCUCUGUUAGGAAUGGGAGUGAUCCAGAGACCCACUUACCAGCUGACCAUCAAAGAGCAGAGAACCCCUUGGCUCAUGCUGGGGAAUCAACGCUGAGAAACAGCUCACCCAGGACACUGGGAUCCUAUGACCAGCACAAGGCACUGGCUGAACGCUUUAAAGGGGUCCACCCUGUUUCAGAUUCAAGGGUAAUCCCUUCCUCUGGGGAUCAUCAUAUUUUUAACAAAACAUCUUAUGGAUAUGAAGCAAGUGCUGCCAAAGUUCUUGCCAGUAGCCUCAGUCCAUAUCGUGAAGGAAGAUAUAUAGAGCGGCGACUGCGGUCCUCGUCUGAAGGGACAGCAGGGAGCGGCAGGAUGGUCUUAAAGCCGAAGGAUGGGCAUGUGGAAUCCAGCAGCUUGAGGAAGCACAGAACGGGGUCCUCCUCUUCCAAAAUGAACAGUCUGGAUGUCUUAAAUCAUUUGGGAUCCUGUGAACUGGAUGAAGAUGAUCUAAUGCUUGAUUUAGAAUUUUUAGAGGAACAGAAUCUUCAACCCCCAGUUUGCCGGGAAGAUUCCUGCCACUCUGUAAUGUCCUGUGCAGCCGUCCUUCUUAGCCCAGUGGAUCCAGCAAAAGAAGUGAAUAUGCUAGAAGAACCAAAACGUCCUGAGCUUUCCAAACAGUUCCAAAGUUGCCGAGUCUCCACUGCUAGGACAUGGCCCAGGACCAGGAGCCUUUCCCUGAAAAUAACAAAAGACACUGAUCAAGAGUCCCGAUGUUCCCAUGUCAGCCGCAUGCCCAACAGUCCCUCUGCAGAUUGGCCCCUGCAGGGUGUGGAGGAAAACGGAGGCAUAGAUUCUCUGUCAUUCAGACUGAUGCUCCAGGAGUGCACAGCGGUGAAGACGCUGCUACUGAAGAUGAAGAGAGUGCUGCAAGAGAGUGAUGUGAGCCCUUCCAGCAGUACCACCUCCCUUCCCAUCAGCCCUCUGACUGAAGAGCCACUGCCUUUUAAGGAUAUAACGAAAGAUGAAUGCUCGAUGCUGAGACUGCAACUGAAGGACAGGGAUGAGCUCAUUUCUCAGCUACAGGCAGAGCUGGAAAAGGUGCAGUAUUUACAGAAGGCAUUUGCUUCACGAGUAGAUAAAUCCACGCAGACUGAACUUCUAGGCUGUGAUGGAUUAAGCCUGAAACGACUGGAGGCUGUCCAAGGAGGGAGAGAGACUAUACACAGAAAUCGAACGAUGAGCCAAAGUCACAGCACAAGGGACAGAAAAGCAAUACAUACUCCCACCGAGGACCGUUUUAGAUACUCUACAGCUGAUCAGACAAGUCCCUAUAAGAACAUCUGCCAAGUCCCAGGUCUGUGUCUAAGCAAUUUCUUGAAGGACAAGGAAUUAGGAGGAGUUAUGAAACACACAAGGGGAAACCAUGAAGCUGUCACCUCAGAAAUGACUCAAAAUUUGAGGACCACUAUGGGACAGAGCUUUCUGAAACCAGCAGCUAAGCCAGAAGGGCUGGCCAUGUUCUCAGAAAAACCAAAGGACCCAGCAGCUCUAUCCCGACAGCACUCCACCUUCACAGGCAGAUUUGGACAACCACCCAGAGGACCUAUCUCCUUACACACAUACAGCAGGAAGAAUGUUUUUCUCCACCACAAUUUACAUACAACAGAGUUCCAGACGCUAGGCCAGCAGGAUGGGUAGAAUGAUCUAUGCCCUGCGAACAAUAGAGAUGGCUAUUGCUCCAUGUGUCAUCUAAGAGUGGUCAUGUCCAUUUUACUACUUUUAUUUUUAGCUGUAAGCAAAGACUUACAGGCUUUUAUUUUAUUUCUAAGAAUGAGAGGUUGAGUAUGUUGACUUACUAGGUUGAAUUGUUCAGAAGAGUUUGCACUCUCUAUGGAAACAUACAUGUAUAAUGAGUGGGAUGAUCUUGCUGGAUUAUGUAGUCUACAAGUUAUUUCUAUUUUUUUUUCUGUACCACUUGCUAAUAUGCAUUGAGGUUUCAAGAAAGUAAUGUCAAAUAGCUCUCUGUUUAUGCUGUUAUUAUGAAGUAGGUUAGAAGGAGUAUAAGAAGGAACUGUACAGUUUUAGAUUACAUAGUUACUAGAAAGAGCAGAACAAACUUAAAGCUUAUACUAGGUGGUGUGUUUGUUAGUGGAAUGAAGCUUGUGUGCAUGUAACCUGAGAUACCUUUGUCUCUCUAUUACAUACAUUCAAGCUUGUGGAGCUAUUGGGAGGGAAGGACCAUUUCUUUAGUUUUUAGAAUAUUUAGUUAAAAUAGUUCACAAAUGAUAGAAAGUCACAACUCUGCUCUUCACUAGGCAUUGAUUUUUAGUUUGUUUUUGUUUUCCUACUGAUAUAGAAAGUAUCAAAAUAUCACAGACUGAAGUGACAGCAGCAUAAUUUUGGCACAUUUGGUGCUUAUCAUCAUGGAUAAAGAACAUUUUUUCCUUUAAAUUUUAAAGAUUUAAUAUUCUAAAAUAUAUAUUCUUUUGCUAUACUUUUUUUGUAUUUUCAGAAUAUUCAUUUAUUUUUAUAUACAUCUAGGUUUACUUUACACUCAUUAAGCCAUGAUGUUUUAAUUAAGAAGCAGAAUUACUGGUUUGGUUUGGUUUGGUUUGGUUUGGUUUGGUUUUUGUAACUUAUAUAUAAAAUUCUGGCUAUAAGCUUAACUAGAUUCUCAACAAAAUAUAAAAUAUGGGAACUUUGGCAAUUAGAUCUACAGAAUAAAUCUCUAACCAAAAUCCUUCAGUCUCAUUUGGUAGCAAAAUUAGUCUUCAAUAUGUAAGGUUUAAUAUUUUGCAUACUUAAGGUAUAGGAGAUAGAUCAAAGGAGCUAAAUAGACUCAUCAUACUCUUUUAAUAAGAGUAUCAAUUGACCGUUUCCUUAGAAAGUUCAGGGCUAGUAACUACUCGCAUUCAGUACAGUGGAUGUAAUGAAACUAUCCAACCCAGUGCAUGUGCUGUUUCUCAUGCAUUCCCUAAAAGGUAGAAUCCAUCAGCAUGCACAAAUGAGAUGAACAAAGGGGAAAUGACAUGGAAGUUUUAGCAUGCCAUUUGACUAAGCUGCUAAUAAUAGAACUACACUGAACAUGCAUUGCCUAAUAUAAAAAUAUAUUUGAACUAUACAUUUUGGGGAAUAAACCUGAGCUGCCCCUCCCAGCUUUAAUUAUUGAAGUUUGGCUAUGCUUGUUCUUAUUUUAUUUUGCUAGUGAAGACAUGUGCAUCACACAAGUUGUCUUUUGUUUGUGUGUGUGUUUAUAAAUCUGCUAAAGAGAAAAAGGUACUGCAGCUUCUUUCCUAACAUUCCCAACAUCGUCUUGAAGCUGCAAAAGUCAUGUGGAUGUGCUUUACGAGCUGGACAAUAUUUGUGAAAUUACAAAAAAAAAAUGAGUAGUUGUAGAAUUCAGCUUGAUUUGUACUGAAAGUUGGUUUCUAUUGUUAGAAUAUUUUACAACUGUAAAUACCCAAGCAUGAUGAACAAAACAAGUUUUUUUUUCUCCAGGAUAUGGAAAAAUAUGCAAGGAAAUAAGUAAUCUUUUUCAUUUGCAUUUUGACGUUUAUAGUUGUUUUCUUGGAAGAUAGCUUUUGAAUUAUACUUUGUAAGAAAUAAUCUAUUUAAAAUAUCCUGUCAUUUAAGAGACAUUUUAAGAGAUGUUUGAAACACUAGUAUUUUCUUGACAAACCUUUUUUAACCUGAAACAUUCAAAAAGAAACCCUGGGAUAACUUGCUCAAUUUUGAAAGGAGGGGUAUUUUUGGAACGAUCACCUUGAGACUGUUCUGUAUCAGUAUUUUCAUCCGUGUUCUAGUUUCAAUGUAAUACCCAGUGUGACUCAGGCCUGGAGAAGGUGCAAGCCCAUGAUGUUAGUGCAGGCCAGGAACAAAGGCAUGGGGUUCUUUCAGAAGUUCCUCUGUGUGGCUAGCCUAAGUCCUAAUGACCUCUUGUGGGCAUUCUUUCAGUGAAUUGAUUUCUUUGUACUAAAAUCUCUAGUUUUCUAAGCCUGUUCCACAUAUUAAACAGUUUUAUACAUUUCUCCAAGGCAGUACAUAUCCAAAGACAUGAUGCCAGGGAAAAAAGUGCUUGUUUUUCUGAUGAAGCAAUGGUCUUCUCCUUUUUCUUCUUUGCAUGCAUUUGUGUAGCUAAGUCUGAAUACCCACGUAACACUUCUGCUGCAGACUCUUCUUAACACCAGGUGUAGAAGAGUUAUUCCAUGAAGGAGAACUGUGUCUACCUGAAAUAAACUAUUCCCACUUUUGUAACCACUGGAAUAUGAAGCUUUCUUUCUAUAUAAAGUCUAUUGUUGUGUUUUCUUUGUUGAAAUAAUUUAAUUUGUUUACUUUUUUACUAUUUUACCCAAUAAAAUUUCUUCAUGCUAGAUUUUUAUAUGCUAAUCGUCGCCACAGAAUAUUGAGCCAUUUCUCAAACUUACACUGCUUCUCUGAUUUGCAACCAUCUUUGCCUAAAUGAUACAAUGAAGCUCUUGCUGCCAUUGGAUAACAAUUAAUCCCCCACUAGCAAUGUGCUUAGGGUGUGCUGCUAGACUCUCAAUAUUCAAGAAUUUAUUUUUAUUUUUUGUUAUUUAUUGACAUGUACACAUGAAAAUGGCAUGAUAGUUAAUAUGAAAUAAUUUCAGGAAAUGGAAUGCAUAAAGUCAUUUAACAUAACAUACUUAGAGAGUUGUCAUGAAUAAUCUGGAUAUUUCUCCUGUGUAUCCAUAUAUAUAUAUAUAUAUGGAUACUUAUGGAUAUAUAUAUAUCCCGAGAUUUAGUCUGGGAUAUAUGUCACAAUCUCCAUGGUGUCUAAGUCUUCUUGAGCUAAAUGAAUA